UUUGUUUUGGUGGAAGUGUUUCCGGUCGGUCGUGUCGGUGCUCGCGCUGCUCAGACAGAGAAGAUGAACGCGCCUCCCGCCUUCGAGUCGUUUCUUUUGUUUGAAGGAGAGAAAAAAAUCAGCAUCACCAAAGACACCAAAGUCCCGAACGCGUGUUUGUUCACCCUGAAUAAGGAGGACCACACCCUGGGCAACAUCAUCCGAGCUCAGCUGUUGAAGGAUCCUCAGGUUCUGUUUGCUGGUUAUAAAGUUCCUCAUCCUCUAGAACACAAGAUCGUCAUCAGAGUGCAGACGACACCUGACUACAGUCCGCAGGAAGCGUUUACCAACGCCAUCACGGACCUGAUCAGCGAGCUGUCUCUGCUGGAGGAACGCUUCAGGGUCGCCAUCAAAGACAAACAGGAAGGGAUCGAGUGACCGUGAUGUCACUUCCUCUCUGUUUGAUUAUUGGUAUAUUUUUAUAAAUAAAGUGUGAUGUCACAA